AUGGAUGGACUGGCAGUGGACAGCCCACCUCCCAUGAUACUUCUGAAGAAGACAAAGGAGAAGGGAUUUACAAAUGGCAGGAGCCACAAGAAGGAGCUGAAUAAGCGCCUGACUGCUCCCCCUGCGGCUUUUCUCUGUCAUUUGGAUAAUUUGCUUCGCCCACUGUUGAAGGACGCUGCUCAUCCUAGCGAAGCUACCUUCUCCUCUGAUCAUGUGGCAGAGGCACUGAUUCUACGGGUGCGGAGUGAGCUCUCUGGUCUCCCCUUCUAUUGGAAUUUCCACUGCAUCCCAGCUAGUCCUUCCCUGGUCUCCCAACAUUUGAUUCGUCCUCUGAUGGGCAUGAGUCUGACAUUGCAGUGCCAAGUGAGGGAGCUAGCAGCAUUGCUUCGUAUGAAAGAUCUAGAGAUCCAGGACUACCAGGAGAGUGGGGCUACGCUGAGCCGAGAUCGAUUGAAGACAGAGCCAUUUGAAGAAAAUUCCUUCUUGGAACAGUUUAUGGUAGAGAAACUACCAGAGGCAUGUAUUGUUAGUGAUGGAAGGCACUUUGUCAUGAAUCUGCAGAGUCUGUAUAUGGCAGUCACCAAACAAGAGGUCCAAGUGGGACAGAAGCAUCAAGGCACUGGAGAUCCUCAGACCUCAAGCAGUGCUUCCCCACAAGGAACUGAUAGCCAAUUUCUGAACCAGCCAGAACAGCCGAUCUCCUCAGCACCAACCCUCUCAGUGUCUGAGAAAGAGCCCACAGGUACUUCAGGACCUAUGCAGAGACCUCAGCUGUCAAAGGUCAAGAGGAAGAAGCCAAGGGGACUCUUCAGUUAAUGUUGGCUGCUACAGAUGGACUGGAGAAUAGCUUCCAUGUAUCACCUUGUAAGGGGCUUGCAUGGCAGCAGUAUCUUUGAAACCAAUUUAUACAGUCAGAGGCCCACUGUAAGGGCAAGAGAACUGAAGUUCAUGUUGACAGGCCACCUGAAUGGGGACUGUUAACCAAGGGAAGCUUGGCCCCAACUCACUGGGCAUUGGACUUUCCCUAUUCAAGUGGAAGCCAGUCUCUGGGAAUCCCAUACCUUUCUCUCUUUUUGGUGGAGGUUCUCCAGACCCAGGACCCACCAUGGAUUUUAGGUAUGUAGGGCAGGUCAGCAAAAAGUCACAUAUGCUCAGGAAGCCUUGUCUACCUUUCUCAAGAGUCCCUUGCCAGUCCCAAAUGCUCCUCAGAGAUCCCCUUCUCCCUGUAGCAUGGAAUAAAAAGCACUCAUACUCCCCUG